AUGCGACGACGAGUGACCGUGGACUCGCAUCACGGGGAAGUUGAGAGGGAACGUGAUGCAGAACGGGAGCGCGAGUACAGGAGAAAGAGACUCGAGUGGGAAAUUCGGCGUAAAAAAGCCAUGGAACACGAGGAGCUUAAGCGUCAAAAGAUCGAAGAGUACGAGAGGAAUCGAAGAGAAAAAUUGAAGGAGGAAGAGCGAAAGCGAAGGGAGCAGCGACAUGGUGGAGGCAACAGUAGAAGUCCUAAAAGAUCGGAAGACUCGCGCUGCAGGGGUCACGCCAAAAAUCACAACAGCCAGCCUGUCAUGUCGGAAAGAAUUGAUUCAUCCAAGGGAGAUAAGCCGUUUUUUAAUGGACCUGAGCAAUCGAAAACAGUUAACAAUGAAGAGUUAAGAAAAAUCACAGUGAAAAUCCAUCGCCACAUUCCAACGUCUGCUACAGAAACUAACGAAAUACGCCGAGAUGUUAUUAAUCCUGAGGAGAUUGUUAUCAAGCGAAGAGAUGGGGAAGGAUCAAGGCCUAUAUUCGAUCGCGAUGAAUUUAAAAACGGUCUACCUGUUGAAGUCGAAGAGCGUCGAGUCAUCAGGUCCACGGACAAAACUUUAGUUAGAAAAUCUCACUCAAAUCGUCGCUCGAAGUCGUUGAGUCCCAAGAGGUGUCACAGUCGCAGUCCUCAUCACCAUGCCAGUUCCCGAUCUCAUCAUUCAAGGUCGGAUGCACAUCUCGAGAAACGUCAUCUGGAAGAUUUCCAUAAUAAUGAUUAUAAAUCAAAAGAAAGAACCAGAAGUCGGGAAAAAUCGAGAAGACAUGAAAGUCCAAGACGCCGAUCUCUUUCGCGACAAAGGGAUCAUCAUAGAUCCAGUCGAAGUGAAAAUGAUUAUGAAAAGAACAGAUCGAGGUCUCGCGAUCGUUCGUACGAUCGGCGGGACAGG